UAUGUGCCUUCAGGCUUUCCGUACUUGAGCUGUAAGUCACUUGACUCCAUUGAGGAAACCCCUCCCACACUGUCUUGACACUUGCUCUGCUGCAAAGCUGCUCCCUAAUGCACUAAUAAGCUAGUCUGCCAACCGCCAAUAAACAGUAGAAGAAGAAGAAGAAGAAGAAAGCUGCUCCCUUUCUAUUACAGUGCAUGUGUUUUCAAAACUCAUCAUGGAAGAGGCGUCUCCUCCUCUGCGAUGCUUUAGUGAAUCACACUCCUCUGAGCUUUUCAGCGAUGACGGCGUGCAAACGGUGACCUCGAGAGAACAGAGAAAAGUUGAACGCAGUAUUCAAGAGGUGUACAGUGUUUACCAGCAAAUUCACACCUCAUCACAGCCCACGUUACUGAGGGAACAACACUAUCAUUAUCUGAAGAAAGGUUUACGCCAUCUCUCUGAUGCAUAUGAGUGUUUGGAUGCCAGCCGGCCUUGGCUCUGCUACUGGAUCCUGCACAGUCUGGAGCUACUAGAGGAGCCUGUGCCGGCAGCAGUUGCCUCAGACGUGUGUCAGUUUCUGGCCAGAUGUCAGAGUCCGACAGGUGGGUUCAGUGGAGGUCCGUGUCAACACGCUCACCUGGCUCCCACCUACGCAGCUGUAAAUGCCCUUUGCAUCCUGGGCACAGAAGAGGCCUACAAAGUCAUCAACAGAGAGAAGCUUCUGGAUUUCCUCUACUCUGUGAAGCAGCCAGAUGGCUCCUUUGUGAUGCAUGUGGGCGGGGAGGUGGAUGUCAGGAGUGCAUAUUGUGCAGCUUCUGUGGCUUCACUCACCAAUAUAAUCACCCCCACCCUGUUUGAUGGGACGCACAAUUGGAUUCUCAGCUGUCAGAACUGGGAGGGCGGUUUAGGUGGAGUACCAGGACUUGAAGCACAUGGCGGCUAUACCUUCUGUGGUACUGCUGCCCUGGUCAUACUGGGCAAAGAACAUAUGCUGGAUCUCAAAACCUUGUUACGCUGGGUAACCAGUAGACAAAUGCGUUUUGAAGGUGGUUUUCAGGGCCGCUGUAACAAGCUGGUGGAUGGGUGUUACUCCUUCUGGCAAGCAGGGCUAUUACCGUUACUCCACAGGGCUCUUUUUAAAGAAGGAGACUCAACGCUGAGCGUGAGUAGCUGGAUGUUUGAGAGAAAGGCUCUGCAGGAAUACAUCCUUCUCUGCUGCCAGAAUCCUGGUGGAGGCCUUCUGGACAAACCGGGCAAGUCUAGAGAUUUCUACCACACGUGCUACUGUCUGAGUGGACUCUCGAUAGCACAGCAUUUCGGAAACAAAGACCUCCAUAACGAGCUGAUCCUCGGUCGGGACGAGAACAGACUGGCACCAACUCAUCCAGUUUACAACAUCUGCCCAGAGAAGGUCGCCCAAGCGAUUGAACAUUUCCACCGGUUGCCUGUUCCAGUUCAGACAGAAUCUACACCAAGUACAAUGGACCAGUCAUAGACUUUUCCUCUUUUUCUAUUCUAAACGUAUUUUGGGGGUUUGAGCUAGCUUGACCUAACGCAGAGGCAUCUUCUGUAAAUGCUGUAGCCAAACGUCCUUUGCUGGUCUGUACAGCAUCUACAGAUGGGGAAACACUCUGAGGGUCUGAUCUACUACAGCUUCAGCAUGGGGUUAUGGGUUUUAGCCAGGGAAAACAGUAGAGACUGACUAGGCGAGGUGUUUUUCAUGCACCAGUUGUUGAUUGAUAUUUUAUUGCACAUACCAGCUUAUUUUGGGCUUUGGUAAAU